AUGGACCACCACGCCUACGGAUUCGGCAGCGUCGGCGGCCGGCGCGGGGGUGGCCCGGGGUUGGGUCCCCCCGCCGGACGCCGCGGACGCCGACCCGGCCCGGGCUCCGCCUACCUUCCGUCGCCCUUCGGGACCCCGCCGCUCAGCCGGCAGACGUGGGGGCUGGGGCUGAGCGGCGGCAGCGGGUCGCUGCGCGCGCCCCCGCCCGCCGCCUCCACGUGCAGCGGCAGCUCGUCGUGGCUGCUGUGGCGCGAGGCGGCGCCGGGCGCCAAGCCCCGCGCGCGCCGCAGGGGCCGCCUCUGCUCCGCCCUGCUCGCCGGCAGCCGUGCUGCUCGUCGUGCUGGCCGUGCUCGCCGUCGCCUCGCUCGCCGUCUACAUGGGAGUGUUUCGUGUCGUCGGCCGCUCUUGGAACUCGCCUGCUCAUCUCGGGCACUCUCCAUUUCGCACGCAGUCCCUGAUCCUCGGCGGCUCGGCGAGGCGAUGGCUAAGCCACUUAAACGUUUCCCACCGCCAGGACCAACUCCAAGGGAUCACGCCGCUGCAAACGCAGCUGCCUCCUCCGUCAUUGCCUCCUCCACCCCGGCCAUGGACAAUGCCCUACCCGCACCGCUGCGCAUCGACGCGGGCCGCGAGGCGCGCGCGGGGCUGCUGCUGCUGCUGGACGGGCGGCUGCGCGCGCUGGGCGACGAGCGCUUCGAGGCGGCGCUGGCCGACAACGCCACCGCCGCCUUCCGCCGCACCGCCGCCAGAUACGCUGCCAUGGUGCGCGAGGCGGUGGCGGCCAGCCCUGCGCUGGGGCCCGCGCUGCUGCGCGUCGAUGUGCACCGCUUCGCCGCGGGCUCGCUGCUCGUCUUCUUCCGGCUGACGCUGGACCGGAGGAAAGUG